AAUUUUGCUUUGAUCAAUUACCAUCAUGAAGGGCAAGCAAACCACCUUUCAACACAUCAUUUUGGCAUUACCUCUUCUUUGUUUUUUUAGUUCAUAAGAACAAAUCUUAUCGCUUUUGUGCUGUAGUGGACCAAGCAAGAAGAAAGAGAGAUCAUCAAAGAGGAAAGAAAACAAAAUUAAUGGAGAUUUCAGAGCAAAACGUGAAGAGUAAAGCUCAUAUUUUGUGUUAUAGUUUUGCUGUUCAAGGUCACUUGAACCCUAUUCUUCAAUUUUGCAAACGUUUGGCCUCAAAAGGCCUCAAGGUGACUCUAGUCUCCACCAUUUCAGCCAGCAGUAAGCUCAUCAAAACUCAAUCCUGCAGCCCCGUCGAUGUUGAACUCCUCGAUGUCGACCUCAGGGACAUUCCUAAAACUUCCAAAGAGUGUGAAAGAGAUGAAACUCAAGAUUAUUUCGAGCAUUACAAGACUGUUGUUGCACCGAGUCUCGCUGCGUUCAUCGAGAAUCAAAUGAGUUCUAACUACCCGCCUAAAUUUCUCGUUUAUGACUCGAUUAUACCGUGGGCACUAGACAUCACGAAGAGAUUCGGUAUCGAUGGAGCUCCAUUUUUCACUCAAUCUUGGUCUUGUAAUACCAUGUAUUAUCAGUUUUAUCGAGAGAAAAGCAAAGUUAAUGCUUUUGAAGAUCAAGCUAUGGUGUUGCUGCCUUCUUUGCCACCGCUCAAGAUCAAUGAGCUACCAUCGUUUCUUAAUGGAAGUGGCACUUACCCGUCUUUGAUAGACCUGUGCCUCAAUCAAUUCUCCAAUAUUGAAGAAGUAAACUGGCUAUUCUUUAGUAGUUUUGAUAAGCUGGAAGAGGAGUUUGGAUUGGCUAACUUUCUACAGCCAAUCACCUGGAUGGCAACUCAACUUCCAGUCAAGGCAAUCGGACCAACCAUACCAUCAAAAUACUUAGACAAUCGGUUGAAGAACGACAAAGAUUAUGGCCUCAACCUCUUCAAACCAAACACCGAAACCUACCUGAAAUGGCUUGACUCAAAGCAACCAGCCUCAGUCAUUUACGUUUCAUUCGGAAGCCUGGCAGCCCUUGAAAAAAGCCAAAUGGAAGAAAUCGCAUGGGGACUAAAGAACAGCAACAUCUUCUUCCUGUGGGUAGUCAGGGAAUCCGAAUCUGAUAAGCUUCCGAAAAAUUUCUCGGAGGAAACAUCCGAGAAGGGUUUGGUGGUGAGCUGGUGCUCUCAGCUAGAAGUUCUAGCUCACGAGUCAGUGGGGUGUUUCAUGACACAUUGCGGGUGGAACUCGACGCUUGAGGCGGUAAGCGUGGGGGUGCCGAUGGUGGCAAUGCCGCAAUGGACGGAUCAGCCAACGAACGCCAAGUUUAUUGAGGAUGUGUGGGGGGUUGGGAUGAGGGCGAGGGAGAAUGGAGAAGGGAUUGUGAAAAGAGAGGAGAUUGCGGUUUGCAUAAGGGAAGUCAUGGAAGGAGAAAGAGGGAAGGAGAUUAAGAGGAAUUCAAAGAAAUGGAAGGAUUUGGCGAAAGAGGCAGUUGAUGAAGGUGGAAGUACUGAUAAGAACAUACAAGAGUUUGUUGCAAAACUUUUAUAUAUGUAGUGAGAUUUUAUUUCUCAAGGUGUGUGAAAUCUAUACUAGCAUGGGUACUGACUUACCAUUA